AUGGAGGGCGAGACGUUGGAACAAAUGCAGGCGCGGCACCGGCGUGAGCUGAAGGACCUCCAGGGAAGAAUCACAAGCAAGAAGAAGAACGCUACCAAGAAGACGCGCAAAGGCGUCAAUGACGAAUGCGCCGAGAUGGAACGUCAGCUAAGAGAGAAGCAAGCUUCCGAAGUCGCAGUCUUGAGCGGAGAAGUCGAGGAAGAUCUUGAGGAAGAGGAGCAGGAACGGAACGACGAGACGCCCAGCGGGACAGAAGUGCUGGAAAAUGCGGCCGCGAAGCUCAAUAUUGAAGAGAACAGCGGCGAUGCUCAACAGCAGCAACAGCCUGGAAAGAAGCGAAAUCGACAAAAGGAGCGCCUCGCGCGCCGUGCCGCCGAGCAAGAAGCCGCCAUGCUGAGCGCCGAACAGGAAGCCUCGUCCAUGACAGACCACCGCGCGCGCGAAAGUACAUACAUGAAGAACACAUUUGCAGCGAACAAACUCACCGAGAAGGACAUCCAGCCGGACGGACACUGCUUGUUCUCGGCGCUGGCGGACCAGCUCUCUCACAACGGCAUCCCUCUGGGCGGUGAUAGCGACAAGGCAGAGCCUGCGUAUAAGACGAUACGGAAAACAGCGACGGGAUACAUGGUGGAGCACGCAGAUGACUUUGCACCGUUUUUGGAGGAGGAUUUCGAGGGCUACGUGAAGAAGAUGAGAGACACGGCGGAAUGGGGCGGACAGCUCGAGCUGAUGGCUGUGGCGAGGCGGUACGGCGUUGAGAUUAAGGUGAUCCAAGAUGGGAGGACAGAGAAUAUCAGCGGCAAAGAGGGAGAGGAAGAGGGAGACGAGGCGAAGACCUUGUGGCUGGCGUACUAUCGACAUGGAUAUGGGCUUGGAGAGCAUUACAACUCCUUGAGAAGGGCGACGACAACAACGACGGCGGGAACCACAGCGGACUGA